AUGCCCACCACCGACACACUAGCAUACUCGGCGAGCUGCAACCCACCCAGAAAGGCAAAGCGGCCCCGCACUGACGCGGAAAUAGCUGCCUCUUCUGCACAAGCCGCGUUGUCUCAACAACGGUCGCGACCGCACAUACUUCCCAAGGAUAUCCAUCCAAGCUCAGCCGAACGGGAGUCGUCAGACGCGGAGGACGACGAGGAAGAUGAAUACGACCCUGUCUCGCCCGCCCCCGCGCCGCCAAUGAAGCGGCGAGGUCGCAAGCCAGGUCCUCUCUCACGCUCCGCACGCGAGAGCCAGCGCAAGCUCAACCACUCGCGCAUCGAGAAGGCCCGCCGCACCAAGAUAAAUGAAACGCUCGCGACACUGAGCAACUUCGUAGCCGACGCGGAGAAGCAGCGCGGCGGUAAGAGCAUCGCCGCGCCCGAGGAAAAUACGAAGAAGGGCGACAAGGAGUUUAAGCUUGAUGUGCUCGUCAAGACGGUGACCUACAUCGAGGAGCUCAUUCACAAGGUCAAGACUCUCGAGAAUCGCUCCUGCGCACGCUGCCCCACCCCGAAUGCGCCCACCCCUGUCUCACCGCCGGAGAGCCCGACUCGCAAGCGCAAGGCUUCGGACUUCGACGUUGACGUCGAUGUUAUUCCCGUCGCGGAUGAUGAGGUAGACCCUCCUCCGUCGCCCUUGUCACCCCUCCCUCCUCCGCCCAGGCCCGUUCGCUCUUCACCAUCUGUGCGCGCUCAGAGCAAGGCACCAUCCCAGUCGCCCUGUCUACCGCCCAUCAGCUCCUGGCUUCCAAACCCAUACGUCGACCCGAGCUGUCUGAGCGCGCUGCCCUCUCCGAGUCCAAACGGCCCGCCCUCCCACCUGCCGACGCCACCGCUCUCGGGCUCGUUCCGCGUCCCCCUCUCGCUCGCGGCGUCCGCCCCGCCCGCGCUCGCCCUCCCAGGCCCGGCGCACCCCAUGCCCUCGCCGACGAUUUCCGCCGAGACGAACCGGAUGCACAUUCGCAUGCCUCGGCGGCGCAUGUCCGCGCACGCGCCGAGUGUGUCGCCGACGGUCUCGCCGAGCUGGACGCCCGAGGACGAGACCGCCGCGUCGCUGUUGCUCUCGAUGAGUUCGUCGCCGUCCGCGAGCUCAACGUCCUCGCGCCUGCGCGGGAACAGCCUCGAGAGCAAUGGCAGCGGGCACCCCAAGGUCGACUGGAGCAUGACGCCGAUGCAUGCGGAGACGCCAAGCUCGCUGCUUGGGCUCGGGCGACGCGUCUAG